CAAUUUAUAUCAGUGUUUCUGAAGAACGUGGUCAGUAGGUUGACAAAGCAGUUACCGGAAUAAGAGUAAUAGUAAUAAAAUGUUUUCAAAAAACUGUAUUUUUAUUCUUCUAUUAGGCAUUCUUCAUGUCAGUCAUGGAAAGUCCGGAUUUGGUUCUGGCGAACAAGAAUGGGGAUUCGUGAAUGUUAGACAACACUCACAAAUGUUUUGGUGGCUUUAUUACACAACUGCUAAUGUAACGAACUACACCGAAAAGCCAUUAAUACUCUGGUUACAAGGGGGUCCAGGAGCAUCCUCCACUGGUUAUGGCAAUUUUGAAGAAAUUGGUCCACUUGAUGUUAAUUUAGCCUACAGAAAUUAUACCUGGGUUAAAAAUUACAAUGUACUAUUCAUCGACAAUCCAGUGGGAACGGGUUUCAGUAGUACUACAACGAGUAAAGCCCUUGCACGAACAAACAGGCAAAUUGCACUUGAUCUUUUAGUUUGUAUUGGAAAGUUUUUACAAAAAUUCCCUGAAUUUGAAAAGGUACCCACAUACAUUACUGCCGAAUCCUAUGGCGGGAAAAUGGCAGCUGAAUUUGCAUAUUUAUGGUACAAGGCCCAAAAGGAAGGCGAAAUUAAUAGUAACUUAAAAGGAGUUGGACUGGGAGAUUCUUGGAUUUCACCAAUUGAUUCUGUCCUGACAUGGGCUCCAUUUCUAUUAGAGACUGGUAUGGUUGACACCCAAGGAUAUCAAAAAAUAAUGGCGUCUGCAAAUAGAACAAAAGUUGCCGUAGAGAAAGAGCAGUGGAAAUUAGCAACUCAAUUAUGGGGUAUUACUGAGGGAGUUAUUCUGAACAUGACAGGCAAUAUUGACUUUUAUAAUAUUUUGUACAAGUCUAAAAGUGGAAGCAGCGUAAAAGAUCUGAACAACAAUAUUGAGGAGAACGUUAGCUUUGAAGAUACGUUCAGUGAUGCUGCUUUGGAUAGAUUGAUGAACACGAAAGUAAAGAAAGCGCUUAGAAUAAAUUCCACUUGGGGAAUACAGGGCUCUGAAGUAUUUUCUGCCCUUAACGGAGAUUUUAUGAAGCCUGCAAUUGACAUAGUGGAACUCCUUCUAAAUGAGACGGACAUUAAAGUUUUCGUGUACACUGGACAAUUAGAUUUAAUUGUCGACACACCAGGAACUCUUCUUUGGGUGGAAAAAUUGCAAUGGGAGAAUGCUAAUGAGUGGAAGUGGGCUCCUAGAGAACCAGUGGUAGUGAACAAUGUCAUUGAGGGUUACGUAAAAGCUUAUGGAAAUUUAAAAAUGUAUUGGAUAAACAGAGCAGGGCAUAUGGUUCCAACUGAUAACCCAGCGGGUACGGCGUCAAUGUUAGAAGACCUCACAAGUGAUAGUUAAAGGCGUUAUCUUACUGUAUAGUAACAAAAUAUAAUUUCGAAUUUAAUCUAA